UGCGCAUGUGCUGUUUUCCCAACAGGAAGCGUUUGGCUUCAGCCAGCUGAUGUUUCUACAUUGAAGUCUACAGUCAGGGGAAGCGAUACUAUUUCGGCGCAGACGGCACAUCAUCAGCAAGACUCGACCGCAGAGGUUGGAGGCAGAGCAAAAAGCGACCUUCCCCCAACGGCACCCUCACACGGGUCGCUAUGAGUUCCAGAGGGAGUGGCAGCCGCUCCAACGGCGCGCUGCCGCAGACCAAGAUCUGCCAGUUCAAGCUUGUGUUGCUGGGCGACAUGGCAGUAGGCAAGUCUAGCCUGGUGCUGCGCUUCGUCAAGGGACAGUUUGACGAGUUUCAGGAGACCACCAUCGGAGCUGCCUUCCUGGCCCAGUCAGUGUGUUUAGAUGACACCACUGUCAAGUUUGAGAUCUGGGACACAGCAGGGCAGGAGCGUUACCACAGCCUGGCGCCCAUGUAUUACCGAGGAGCUCAGGCUGCCAUCGUAGUUUUUGACAUCACCAAGCCGGACACCUUUGAGAGGGCCAAGGCUUGGGUGAAGGAGCUGCAGAGGCAGGCCAGUCCCAAUAUUGUCAUUGCUUUAGCAGGCAACAAGGCAGACCUGGCCGAGAAGAGACUCGUAGAGUAUGAGGAAGCACAGACGUACGCUGAUGACACGGGUCUGCUCUUUAUGGAAACUUCAGCCAAGACGGCCAUGAACGUCAACGAGCUUUUCCUGGCCAUUGCCAAAAAGAUGCCAAAAACAGACACCCAAAACCCAACACACGCAGCACGACAUCGAGGGGUCAACCUUCAGGACCCCGACGCCCAUUCCACCAGGGCUUGCUGCGGCGGGAACUAGAUCACGCACAUCCCCUUCAUGCACUACCACGUGAACUCCCACUACCGCAGUCCUGUCCCAAAACGUAUCCCUCCUUGCCUCAGCCAACCAUCUUGAACGAUCAUCCUCAUUGUGAAUCAAGCCAGCUGAGAAGAGGAAAAGGAGCAACAAAAGGGAGGACACAAAUUACGUAUAUUCUGCCUUGCAUCAUUUCAGUUUGACUCUUGUCUGAUAACCUACACUUGUACAAAGCCAACAAGCAACAAAGGAAGCAAUAUGAUGAGGUAAAAUAAAAGAGGCUGAAUCUGCUUCACAUGCUUCAUCUGUCUGGUCCUGUGGGUGUGAAAACUGACCAACACAAUUUAUAUGUGUGUAUGUUUUUCAUGUUUGAGUCAGGAGUAGUCCAUACAUGUCCUGCGCUACAAAGAAAAAUACAUGGAAGUGUAUUUUUCCAACAAUAAAGGCAUGAGCCAAAAUACAUAUGCUGACAUAAAACCCCAUAUUUACUCAUAAUCACAAUACACAAAUAAUGUGCGCAGCGAGAGCACAGGGAGUAUUGAUUCCUGACGCAAGACAUUAUGAGUUUUGUCAGUGGAUAAUGGAAUGAAAAAUGAAGAAACGGUGAAAAGAAUUUAUUGUUGAAUGGGUUGGAGUAGUUGUAUGUUUGAAUCUUAUGAGUUGUGGAAAGUGAGAAAAAAAUGUAAUAAAAUCAUUCACAAUCAUUA